AUGCCCAUAACAGAGCGUCAUAACUUAUAUGUUGAUGCUGUUACUUGCUACUCACUUCCUCUCUAUGAUAUUCUUUUACAUUCACCACCUACUACUAAUACUCUCUAUUCAUCUAGCUUUAUACCACCGAAUCUUCUCUUAGACGGCUCCAACGUUGCAAAGAAGCUUCUUGUAAGCGACAUUUUCCGGUUAGAUGCUGAUCAUCAGGUGCUUCGUGUUCGUUCUUCCUUCCAAUUUGCUAGCCAUCCUAUUGUCUCCCAACGUGUUGCUGAUUUCAUCAAUUCUCGUCAACUGAUAUUCCAGCCUUUCUUUGCACAGCAAUGCUUCAUUGCUCCCCGUCCAGCCCUAGACCCUCAUCAACCUCCCUCUCUGCGGGCGUUUUGCCGUAGCAUUUUCGUCCCUCCUUCUUCCUCGCCUUCGCGUAGUCGGUUGCCACUCAACAGCAUCCGCUUUUUUAAAAAACUACGCAAAAACCUACCCUCUUCCUCCUCCUCUCUUUCUCCUCUCCAACCUCCUCAAUGGCGCUCAUUCUGGACACUCGCAAUUCCCCUUGCUGCUCGCACGGUCUGGUAUCGGGCUAUAUAUGAAAAAAUCCCCACCAGAGCCCUCCUACAUCUACGCAUUCCUGACAAUCACCCUUCUCACCGCUGUACAAUCUGCCCUGCCUCUCCCACGGAGGAUAUCACACAUGCUCUGUUCUCCUGCCCUCCCAAGUUGCUGGUCUGGCGAUACAUGUAUCACACCUAUCUUUCUGCUUCUCCAUCAAUCUCUGAUGUUGAUCUGAUUCAUUUCUUACAACAAAUUUUACUCUGUUCUUCCCCUUUUCUUAAUCGUGAUCCCUCUCUCUCGUUCAAUGAACUCUCUAUUCCUCAAUUAUUCGCAACUACUCUUUUGACAAUUUGGCAAGCGCAUUGGCGCUGGAUCUUCGACCGAACCCCGUUCAUCGCUGACACCGUUCAACUUCGCCUUGCUCGCUCUCUUGCUCGUUUGGAUGCCGAGUUAAAUCUUGAUUCGUAA